CAGCAAAUAGAUAGCCCUCCCGAGAGGGCAGAGCAGCCAGCGCCAAAAGCAGCUGCCUGCCGAUACCAUACCACUGCUGCUGCUGCUGCAACACAGCCCAGCCCAGCCACCAGGAGAGAGAGAGAGAGAGCGAGGAGAGAGGGCGGCGGCGGCAGCAGCUACCAGAGGCGGCGAGCUAGCUUGUUCGCUCAUGCAGGGCGCGUACCGCUCUUCCAGCGAGGAGUCGGCGGCGUCGCCAGCGGCUGCCGCGGCGGCAGCAGCAGCGGCAGCCAUGGCCCCGCUGGCGGCGGCCGCGGUGAAGAUGGAGGAGCAGGCGGCGGCGGCGGCUGCGGCGAUGGCGGCCGGCACGCAGGCGCCGGCGCCGCUCCAGCAGAUGCAGCCGCGGCGGCAGUACCGCGGCGUGCGCAUGCGCAAGUGGGGCAAGUGGGUGGCGGAGAUCCGGGAGCCGCACAAGCGCACGCGCAUCUGGCUGGGCUCCUACGCCACGCCCGUCGCGGCGGCGCGCGCCUACGACACGGCCGUGUUCUACCUGCGCGGGCGGUCGGCGCGGCUCAACUUCCCCGACGAGAUCCCCGCGCUGGGGCUCGUGGAGGGCGGCGGGGAGCCCGCGCGCGGCGGCGAGCCCGACGGCGGCACGCUGUCCGCGGCGUCGAUCCGGAAGAAGGCCAUCGAGGUGGGGUCGCGCGUGGACGCGCUGCAGACCGGCAUGAUGGUCGCGCCGCCGCACCACCGCGAGCGGCAGAGGCACCACCACCACCAUCACCAUGGCCACCACGGCCUCCCGCAGCUGCAGCUGCACGCCGAGGAAGAGCAGCGCCAGCAGGAGCAGAAGCAGCAGCGCGCGGCCUGGAGCGGGCGCGCCAAGAACCCGGAUCUCAACCGGGCGCCCAGCCCCGAUAGCUCCGACGCCGAGUGAAGCAGCAGGCAGGCAGGCAGGCGCGAGACUCGACUCGACUCGACUCAACGUCAACGACGGCGCUGUCCAUCCCUCCUCCACUCCCGCCCCGCGACGCCAUCAUCAAUUGUCCUCCGCGGCGGCGGUCGGUGGCGCCGGCGGGGCGGAAGGGUUUUCGAUCGGUACGUUGUGGAUAAGCACGAGGUGUGCAGCUGGUUGGGCGGCGUGGGCGGAGACGGAGGCGGCCGGCCACAAGUGGCGGUCUUUCCGAUCGAACGUCAGAAAGGACAGCUGUAAACAGUGAUAACAAAAACAAGUCAUCAUCCAUCGUCUCUCUCCCGGAGCAUCUGCAUCUCUUCUCUACUUCUCUCUUGUGUUUCCAAGUAGAUAAGCAGUUGCCGCGAUUCAUUAGCACUCCACUACGCCGAUUAAUUAAAGAAAGAUUAAUCAAGCCGGGAUCGGGCCGGGCCUCCCUCGCUUUUCUUAA